UUUGCAGGCAGGUGGUAAUUCUGGAGAGCGGCGGAGAGGAUCGCCCAUCAAUCUUAACCAUUAUGCCACCAAGAAGAGUGUUGCUGAAAGCAUGCUGGAUGUGGCGCUCUUUAUGGCGAAUGCAACUCAGCUGAAGGCUGUUCUCGAGCAGGGGCCGAGCUUCACCUACUAUGUCACUCUCAUCACACUCAUCAGUCUGUCUCUGGCUCUACAGCUGGUCAUUGGAAUCCUUCUCAUUAUUAUCGCUCGGAAGAACCUAAACGACGUUUCCAAGCAGCAGGAUCUGGAUAUGCUGAACAAUGUGGCGACCGCGCUUGUGUUUAUCACCGUUCUCCUCAACAUCUUUAUUACAGCAUUCGGGGUGCAGAAGACAGGAUUGUACCCCUCCAGGGGGCCACGUGAGGUGCAAUGA